UAAUCACAAGAAAUUCAUCAGAGACAAUUUUCGCUGUUACACUGCACAUCCGUAAGAUUGAAGCUGAGAGGCUGUCGCGAACUAUUUUUUCUUCAGACGAGAUGGCUUCAGAUAGAAAAGAUCUGUUUGAGGCUGCUAUUAGCUUGCUUACGAGAAAGGCUCGGAAGACGACAGGAAGGAUGAUGGAAGAAUUCGUCGUCAAUGAAAUCGAAUUGAUAAAAUUUCAAUUGGAUGCACUCGCAAAAUCACAUCUUUUAACAAGUAUUACUUUGUUUAAAGAAGGUCUACUUUCCCUUUUCAAAGUAUUAGACAGAAACGAAAGAGGUGAUUAUCGCUCAAAAACAGCACAAUUAACCGCAGAUUUAUCUGCAGAAAAUCAGAAGGAUGCGUCCCAAGAAUCACCAACAGAUCGUUCGAGUUCAUUUUAUGGGGGUUUGCAAGACUUCAAACUGGCAAAGUUGGAUGAGGAAGGCCACCGAGCGCUAUUGACUGCGAAAGAAGAUUUUCACCAGGCCCGCCUGAAAGCAACAGAAGCGUUCAAUAAUGAAGGUCUGAGCACGUUGAAUCGCGUUCAAGCAAUAGCCAUCCGUGUUGCAGCAAAAAUUCUCGAAAACGUGGAUCAUCCCCAAGAGGCGUUAGCGGUAUGCAAAAUGUCUCUUGAAGAUCUGCACUCCUUGAAGAAAGUGCGGGAAAGUUUUAGCGGAGAACUAACGAAGGGUUUUGGCAGACCUCUCUUUGGCAAAGAAGAGCGCAGGCAGAUAAUUGCGUCUGUUUGUCAAAUAAACCGGGCCAUCUACGACGUCAUGUCGAUUAUCGGUAAAAGUGGGGAACUGCUCUCGCUACCUUUGAUCGGCGAGGGAAAGGAUACAAUAAAUCCACUGCAUGACUCCAGAGUCGCCGAAGUUCUUUGUAGACUUGAUAUGGAGCAGUUUUCCGUCCAGCCCUUGACACUUGGCCAACAAGACGGAAAAGACAACCAGCUUAAAAUACCACAGGGUAUUGCUGCAGACUCACAAGGUUGCAUCAUUGUUGGCGAUGAAUGGGAUUGCAAUGUUAAAGUUUACGAUCGCUUUGGCAAGUUCCAGUACUCAUUUCCGUGUCCUCCGAGUGACGAGCCCAACACAGUCUCAAGCAUUGCGGAUGUAGCUACCGAUGACAGUGACAACGCCUAUAUCUUGAUUGAGGUGGAGAAGUCGACGAUUGCAUACUACCAAGUAUAUGUGUUUACGAAGCAGGCUGUGUCACAAUGCUUUUCUCUCAAAGAAGAGCCCAGAAAAGUCUUAAAGAUGACAUUGAACAGAGAAAACGAAGUUCUCGUGAUAGCCGACGUUUUGGACCAAAGCUGUUCCAAGAGCAUUGUGGCGGUUUACAACAAAGCAGGGCAGUUCAUGCGCAGCUUCGGAGAACAACAUUUAAAAUGUUCACAAGAUUUGACUGUAGCUGGAGAUGGCCGUAUUCUUGUUCUGGACAAGGACGAUGAUUGCUCUCUUACCGUUCACGUCUUUUUUCCAAAUGGAAAACAUUCAUUCCAGUUUAACGUAGAUAAACAAGAAGGACCUUCUAAACAAAGAUCAAGGCCCUCCAUUGCUUUUCACCAAGCACUUAGUCAUGUAGUUGUGGCUGUACCUUGUAAGAAUUCUAUGGGGACGGGAUACUGCGUAAAAAUUACCAUUUACGCCUUAAAAGAUGACAGACAUGAAUCUGUUCGCAGCAUUGAACUCGCCGCGAAUGAACAGGUUUCUACCCGAGGAAUCACAGUCACCUUUAAGGGACACGUCGCAGUCGCUAUACUUGAUAGGAGCGAAGGUAACAGCAGAGCGAUUUUUGUGUAGAACAAGGCUGUGGUAUCGCAUCAAAUCGAUGUGUUUACGUUUGUUAAUGACUAUGACAAUUCUUCUUUCAAAACAUAUGUUGAAGAUUUGAGUGCUGCAGCUGUUUAAUCUCAUUGUAGUCGCUGCAUAGUUGUAAAAAAGAAGAAGAAGAAGCAAAGUUUUAUUUGUCACACGAAAGGAAAUGGAACCAAAGACAGAUCAAGAACAGGAUCGUUAUCCAGUGAAAACCUACGACGUAGAGAAUUCGAAAAACAAAACUUAUUAAAAACUGUCCGGCUCAGUGAUUUACUUAACUACUCUCUAAAAUUUAUGAGCGAUGGAGUUGUUAGAUAUCAAUGUAAAUUUGAGAUUAAAUGUUUCAGCUAAGAUCUAGUUUAGAUUAGGAUUUUAAGAUAACAUAAGUUUUAAAACUUGCGUCUGGAAUGUUUACAAACAACACAUCUGUUCACAGUGCUGCAUAGUUUCAUGAAUAUAUAGACUUUGUUCUAAUGGGAUAGUUUAGGUCGCCAAAAGACCCACGUACCCGUAGAUAUCAGACUUAUAUCAGCUUCACUGAACAGUUUUGAGUCUUGCCACUUUCUUAGUAUGUAACAU